AUUCAUUUCAAACCCCUUUAAACCAAAUUAAAAAUAAAACAUAAAAAAGCGCGUAUAUAAUCACACAACAAGAACACAAAAGUUUCACCCUUUAUACACAUGUUUCAUUAGGAAGUUUUUUUUGGCUUAUGUAAAAAAAUAUCAAGGGUUUCUUUCUUCUUCAAGGGUUGAAACGGUUUUUGAUUUUAACCCUUUAAUUUUCUCUGCAAGAGCCUUCUUUUUUGUUGUUGGGUUUUAUCAGAGGCUAAAAAGAAGGCUCUUGUGUAUUGAAUAUUCAAAGUUCAUUUUUUUGUUGUUGUUGUUUGAAAAUGUUUAGAUUUUGGGUCAGUUAUUUGCAAUUGGUGGAACUAUUUGUGAGUUCCUUGGUUCAUUUGCUUUAUGGGUUUUACAUAUUUAGUUCAGCUGUUGCUGGAGAUCUAUCACAGGCUCUCAAUGAAUAUUUUCAAAAGCCUAAUUUGAAUAAUGUUGUGGAGGUCAAAGCUAAUUUGUCUCUUAAAGAAAAUGAAGCAAAAGUUGAUAAUGAUCUUCCUCCUAUUGUUUUGGUUCAUGGAAUUUUUGGAUUUGGCAAAGGGAGAUUGGGUGGUUUAUCAUAUUUUGCUGGAGCAGAGAAGAAAGAUGAAAGGGUUCUUGUUCCUGAUCUAGGAUCUUUAACAAGUAUCUAUGAUAGAGCUAGAGAAUUGUUCUAUUAUUUAAAAGGAGGCCAAGUUGAUUACGGCGAAGAACACAGCAAGACAUAUGGACAUUCACAAUUUGGAAGAACCUAUGAACAAGGGCAUUAUCCUGAGUGGGAUGAGGAUCAUCCUAUUCAUUUUGUUGGGCAUUCAGCUGGAGCACAGGUUGUUCGUGUCUUGCAACAAAUGCUUGCUGAUAAGGAAUUCAAGGGACAUGAAAACACCUCUGAGAACUGGGUGUUAAGUAUCACAUCCUUAUCUGGAGCAUUUAAUGGGACUACAAGAACCUACAUAGAUGGCAUGCAGCCAGAAGAUGGUAAAACAUUGAAGCCUAUUUGCUUGCUACAGCUAUGCCGAAUUGGGGUGAUACUAUAUGAUUGGUUAGACAUUUCCUGGCUGAAAAACUACUACAAUUUUGGGUUUGAUCACUUUAACAUGUCAUGGAGAAAGAUGGGCAUAUGGGGUCUUGUCGAUUGCCUGUUGGGGAAUGCAGGUCCAUUUGCAUCAGGCGAUUGGAUCCUCCCUGAUCUUACAAUUCAAGGGUCUAUAAAAACCAAUUUCAAUCUGCGUACAUUCCCAAACACAUACUAUUUCAGCUACGCGACCAAGCAGACAAGGAAGAUCAUGGGUGUCACUGUUCCUUCAAGUAUACUUGGAGUUCACCCCUUGCUAUUCAUAAGAGUAUUGCAAAUGAGCCAGUGGACUCAUCCUUCUGAUGUUUCUACCCCUUAUAAAGGAUACAGGGAUGAGGACUGGCAAGACAAUGAUGGAGCACUAAACACAAUAUCGAUGACUCAUCCUCGCCUCCCGAUUGAACACCCCAACCAUUUUGUCGAAAAGGAUUCAGAUUGUCAACCAUUACAACCUGGCAUCUGGUAUGUAAAACUGCCUCCAAAUUCUUUGGCUCAUAUGCAAUUUGACUUGAUCUAUGACAGUAUUUUCGAACGAUGCAGGAAACAUGUAUUUAGGAAGAAGCUUCCAACAAUGCCUAAUGAAAUCCCUCACUAGUACCAUAUACUAUGUUUUACUCUCUUCCCAUAUUGAAUUUGAAAGAAAAAAAUGUCAAGAUAUAUAUAGGCCAUUCAUUUUAUGACCCUCCUUCACCUUUGUAAAUGUAAAUACUAAACAAUUGCAUUUUGCUUCAUUUUUAUACCAACAAUUUAGGUAACUUGUAGGAUUGUGAGAGAUAUCAGAGGCUUAGGUAUUACGACAACAUCACAAUAGUAUAUACAAUUGUUGACUCAAUAUAUGAAAUAUCUUGGAAACUUUUUUUUUGUUCCA